GGCUUCACGAAUUAAGGGCAGACAAUUUUAAUAAUCGUGUUUUUGACUGGAACUCAAAGAGCCAAAAUCUAGAAUUUCAUCUACAAAUCGCGUUGACAAAGCUCGAAAGAAGCACAACAGCCGAGAUCCUCUUUCCCUUUUGGCCUUUGCUUCCUUGUCCUCCCCCAGCAUCUCAAGCCACGAGGUCGGUCUUUGAGGGAGAGAUUGGGCUGAGGACACGUUCAAGUUCAUUGUGGAGAGACAUGUCGUCGGAGAAGCGGCGAGGCAGCGGCAGUUGCUCUCGAUCGACGGCUUGGAACGCGGUCCAUGGAAUCAACAAAGACCACCACCACCACCACCACCACCUACCUAUAGUACGUACCUAGGCUGAAUUCGAUAUUGUUGGAACAGAAAAUCUUCGUCGAGGACACGCCAAGGAAGACAAACAACAGAACACGACGUCGCUCGGCGAUAGAACUAGUAACCGCUCUGCUGUUCAGUGCGAUCCAGGACCACACUCAAUGUUUGCAGACUGACAUCACACGAGGUAGAUUCUUGAUCGGACUGUCUGAGCGAGUGGCUGGCUGGCUGGCUUGGAAGCCAUCUGUUUCCUUGUGGGUUUGACAUUCUUAACUUCACCAUAAUGAAGGGUGGUGAGAAGUGGUGAUCUGGGACCCAUUGACGUUGGCAUUGAAAGUGAGGAGUGCUCUUCAGCUUUUGUCAUUGUCCGUGAGGAGCAUGGGUUCCAUCCUAUGAGGGUACGCUGAGGUCAGACCCAAGUCUACCGAGGUUCUUGGAACCCAAAUAAGAAGCUAUGGGAUGAAUUAGAAGAGCCUUGGGACCGAUUUUUUUCCUCUCUAGUGUCUCCAGCGUCACAACUCAAGAUGCCCGGAAGAAAGGGCCUUUUGGCCCCACAGAACACAUUUCUUGACACCAUCGCCACUCGGUUUGAUGGAACACACAGCAACUUUGUGUUGGGUAAUGCCCAAGUUCCCCAUGCCUAUCCAAUUGUAUAUUGCUCGGAUGGAUUCUGUGAACUCACGGGGUAUUCACGGGCUCAAAUUAUGCAGAAGGGCUGUGCUUGCAAAUUCCUCUACGGGGACGAUACCGAGGAGAACAAGAGGAAAGAGAUUGAAAAUGCUCUCCAAGACAAGGCCGAACUCAAGACUGAAGUGAAAUUCUAUAAAAAGUCAGGCACAGCCUUCUGGUGUCUGUUAGAUAUUGUUCCCAUCAAGAACGAGAAGCGAGAAGUGGUUCUAUUCUUGGCCAGCCACAAAGACAUCACGAGUAGUAAACAGUUCUCGGGAAUGAACCAUCUACCCAUUCCGGGUGGCAAUGCGUUAGCCUGUGGUGAUCAUCCGAAUGACACAGAUGAUGAGCUCCAUCCAUGUGAUCCCAAUGGCAAUUUGGACCCUGAAGCUCCAACCAGCUACAACUACGGACGUCGUCGAAGUCGAGCCGUUCUCUACCAACUCUCUGGACAUUACAAGACAGAGAAAACCAAGAAAAUUCAUUCCAAACUUAGCACCAAUUCCCUCCUGAGCCCACCUGCGACCAACAUCCAACCUCUUCCCGAAUACAAGACUGCUGUGGCCAAGAAGCCCCGUUGGGUGCUUUCCCACUAUGGGAUGGUCAAGACCUGUUGGGACAUUCUGGUGCUCAUGGCCACCAUCUACGUGGCCAUUGUGGUGCCCUACAAUGCCGCAUUCCACGAUCCCGUCAUUUGCCAUUCCGAAGUGCUGACUAAUGUCCACGUGAUGGGAGGAGGCGUGGUUUCAAUCGAGCCCAGUGCUAACCGAACCAAGAGACAAGAGGUACUUGUCAAGGUGGAAGAAGAGAAGAAGGCCUCAAUUGUGUUGGAUGUGAUUGUCGAGGCUAUUUUCAUCAUAGACAUUUUGCUCAAUUUUCGCACUACCUUUGUGAACAAGAAAGGCGAGGUGGUAUCAACUUCGAAGUCGAUUGCCUUUCACUACAUGAAAGGCUGGUUCAUCCUUGACCUUAUCGCAGCUUUGCCCUUUGACGUACUCUACGCUAGCGAACUCUCAGAGAUGGAUUCUGAAUCUUUCACUUCGAUUCAUUUACUGAAACUCACCCGUCUUCUACGACUCGCACGUCUUCUUCAGAAGAUGGAUCGCUACUCCCAAUACAGUAUUGUCAUCCUGACUCUGUUGAUGAUGACUUUCGCCCUUUUGGCCCAUUGGAUGGCUUGUAUCUGGUACGUGAUUGGCACCCACGAACAACCCAAUUUCGACUCCGAGGCCGAUCUUCUUUUUCCUGGCUGGUUAAACCUUCUGGGACAACGAAUGGGCCUUCCCAAUGGAGGCUGUAUUCCUCAUGUCGACGCUUAUGUGACAGCCUUGUACUACACAUGCACAUCACUCACUACGGUUGGAUUUGGCAACGUCGCCGCCAACACCAAGUUGGAGAAGAUCUUCUCCGUGGUGAUCAUGCUAAUUGGAGCUUUGAUGCACGCCACCAUCUUAGGAAAUGUCACUGCUUUGGUUCAACGGAUGUAUGGCGCCAGAAAAUCCGUGUAUCAGACCAAAUGGCGAGAUCUGAAGGAUUUCUCCAUUUUACACUCGGUACCUAAACACCUCAAGCAAAGAAUGCAGGACUAUUUCCAAACCAUGUGGUCGCUCAACCAUGGCAUUGACCCUGUUGAGAUCUUAGCGGAUUACCCCGAGGAACUCCGUGGCGAUGUGUCCAUGCAUCUACACAAAGAGAUCUUGAGUCUUCCAAUUUUCGAAACAGCUUCGGAAGGCUGCCGAAAGCUUCUGUCACUGACCAUUAAGACCAACUUCUGCGCUCCAGACGAGUAUUUGAUCCACAAGGGAGAUGCAUUGCCAAACAUCUACUACCUCUACAAUGGCUCCAUGGAAGUUCUUCAGGAAGGCAUGGUGGUGGCCAUUCUCGGCAAGGGGGAUCUUGUUGGAUGCGACAUUGCCAAACACUUGGGUGCAGCCAAAGCUCAACAUGUGAUAUCCAGUUCAACUGGUCUGCCCGAAGUGAUUGUCAAGUCCAGCUGUGAUGUGCGAGCCUUAACCUACUGUGAUUUGAAAUGCAUGAACAUCCCGGGUCUCGUCGAGGUGCUUCGACUCUAUCCCGAGUUCCAAGACCAAUUCGCCGAGGAUAUCAUGCAUGACCUCACUUUCAAUCUCAGAGAGGGAUGGGAAGCUGACUAUAAUUUAAGUGAGGACGGGAUAACCCCAAUCAAGGAUGGGGAUGGUUGUGGAAUUGCAUCACCCACAAAUAGCGGAAGCCUGGAAGUUGAGGACAACGAUUCGGCCUCCACUGUUCCACAACAGGGCAACGUGGCCUCCACAGAGAUGACGUCGACAACGAAUGCUCAAGUUCCUUCCACCAUCUGCCAGGAACAGUUGGACAACCUGACAUUGGAUGUCAAGCGUGCCCUAGCUCAACUCCAACGAAUCUCAACCAGUGGUGGCAAUGUGGACAUUCUACCCAUUUCCAGUGAGGACAAGCAGGUUCAGACCGAGUUUCCAGCGGCCAUGUUGGAAGAUUAUGUCGUGAAGAACCGGAAGAGGAUCCUGAAACUCUUGGGCCUCGCCCAAACCGGAUGUUCCGCAGGAGAUUUCCGCUCAGACAAUCUCCUCAGAACCGCCAGUGUUCCAAGAUCCAGGAAAGAACCCUCGGCCGCCAGAGCCUCUGGGUUUUCACCCGCCGGUAUUUCUUACACCCACUACAACUUGUAGAAGUCCCUGUAUAUCGCCGCCAAGAGGCUUCAUUCGUCCUGGAACCCUCUGCCUCUCCAAAGCCCAAACUACCAAGGUAACCCCGCUCCUCCCCCAUCUGCCACCACCCCCUCAAUUCACGCCCACCCAAGCACAAGCAGCCUCAAGAACA